GCCCCCCGCCCAACGUUUAUCCAAAGCAAUGACGGUUUUGCUCCGUUGUUCCUGCUUCUUCACUUCCCCGAAACCUUGCCGGUCUCCACCGCCCGUUCCACUCACCGGAAAAUCACUUGCUCCCGGGAAGCUGGUUUCUCUUUCAUAUGAAGUGGAGAGGUUUGUGUUGUCCUCAAGAGCUACUUUAAGUGGGCCAUCUGAGAUUUGCCGUAUUUUGGCAAACUUACAAUGCCAGGGGAACAUGCAGUUAAGAACCCCAACGAUGGCAUUUCUUGUUGGUAAUGCCUUGAUGUUAACUACACCUCUUAAAGCUCUGGCAGAAACAUGCGAGGCUGAUAACUCUGUUUUCAAUAUGAACAUGCCAUUACUGCUGUUUGUGGCCCUUAUAGGAGCCACUGUUGGAGGUAAGGUACCAUUGGCUUUGUGGCCUUCUCUACAGCUGAAUGAACAACUGCGCCAGAUCAAUGCAGCUCUAAGAAGGCAAGCUAAAAUUGAGUCCUAUGCGCCUAGCUUGAGUUAUGCUCCUGUUGGUGGAAGAAUAUCAGAGAAUGAAGUGAUUGUUGAUCCAAAGAAGCGUGAGUUGAUUUCUAAACUGAAGACUGGAAAGAAUUUUUUGAGGAAUCAAGAACUGGAAAAGGCCUUGAUGGAGUUUAAAACAGCUCUUGAGCUUGCUCAUAAUUCAAAUGAUCCUACCGAGGAGAAGAAGGCUGCUAGGGGUUUAGGAGCGUCACUGCAAAGGCAAGGCAAGUACGAGGAAGCCAUCAAAUACCAUUCCACCGUUUUGGCAAUCUCUGAGAGAGAAGGGGAGGACUCGGGAAACACAGAAGCUUAUGGAGCAAUUGCCGAUUGCUACACUGAGCUUGGAGAUCUUGAACGAGCAGCAAAAUUUUAUGACAAAUAUAUUGCAAGGUUGGAAACAGACUGAUGCGUCCCUCUCAGAACCAACUAGUUUUUCUUUAGUAAUGAUGCACUAAGAUUGUAGUAGUAUUAGUCGAGUUUGCAAACAGCUGGUCAACAUCAUUGCCUUGCGGAUCAUUUCAUUUUUGUGCUUAAGUUGAAAGUCAGUUGAUGUAAGAAUACCUUGCGAAAUUAUUUUUGGUUUCAUCGUGCGACUGAGGUUGUAGCAUCAAGUUUUGCACUAAUACAUAUCCAAGAGCUCGGAAAC